GGGUCCACUGUCUGUGUCGAGCCUCAAUAGCUCAAUAGAAAGAAGCCUUCUGUUGCUCAUUUUCCUCUCUCUGCCGUUGUUUCUCUCUCACUCUUUCCAGCCUUUCCAUCUGUAUGCGAUUUAAGCGCAGCCUCAGGGGAGAGGCAAGUCCGCUAGAGGAGAGCAAUCGCGGCAGGGAGGAGGGAGAGAGAGAAAGGGAGGAAGUCCAUACAAGUUUGUUUUACUCAGUCUGGGCCGGGACUAGGCACUGUGCCGCAUCAGGACAUUGGGAGCAGUGGAAAAGUGAAGCCGACGAGUGCAGCGCGAGCACAAGGAGCUGCCCAGACACUUCCCUGUGGCCAGGAGACACUGACAGAGACUCAAACGGAGAAGGGGGCUCACUGGGCAAAAAUAAAUAUGGCUGCUAAAUCUCUGUCCUGCCUUGGCCUUCUCUACAUCUUGUCAUGGAUUUCCUAUCCAGCUUCAGCCGCUCGGCUUGGCGAACAGCAACAGUCAGUGCUGACAAUAUGUCCAAAGAAAUAUUUUCUCAGUCAGCAAAACCAAUGUCUACCGUGUAACUGUAAAGGCCGUGCUGACUAUUGUGAAGACAUCACUGGUGUUUGUAUAAACUGCAAGGACCAUAGUACAGGUGACUUCUGUGAAAUGUGUGAAGAUGGCUACAUGCUAACUCAUACCCCUGAUGGAUGCCACUCCUGCCAACCCUGCGCCUGUCCCCUCUCCGUCCAAUCCAAUAACUUUGCAGUGCACUGUGACAGAGGAGCUUCCGUUCUGCGGUGCAAGUGCCAAGAGGGCUAUGCUGGACAUUUCUGUGAGAGGUGUGCUCCAGGUUACUAUGGCAACCCAAUGGCUAUUGGUAAUUCCUGUAAGAGGUGCGACUGUAAUGGCAACUCGGACCCCAACCUGAUCGUCAGCGAAUGCCACAACGUAACCGGCCACUGCCAGCACUGCUGGGGUAACACAGCCGGGGCCAGCUGUGAGAGGUGUGCUCCUGGUUUCUAUGGUGACGCCAUCAGCGCCAAGAACUGCAGAGAGUGCGAGUGCAACGAAUGUGGCACUUCUUCAUGUGACGACCGGACGGGAGUGUGUCACUGCAAGCCAGGGGUAACUGGACAAUUCUGUGAUCGGUGUGAGGAGGGCUACUCUCGUUUCCACAGCUGUCAGGGCUGUCGGAUGUGUGAAUGUGCGCCAGCUUCCAUUCGCUCCACCUGCCAUCCUCUCACCCACAGCUGUCCGUGCCGCCCGGGGGCUGGAGGUCGUUACUGUGAGCGAUGCCUUCCAGGAUACUGGGACUACGGCCCUUCUGGCUGCCAGAAGUGCGAUUGUGAGAGUGGCUACUGUGACAUGCACACAGGAGAAUGCCUGGCAGAGUCUUCAACUGUCAACCUGUGCAACAGCAGUUGUGAUGAAUGCAUUUGGAAUCUGAUUGGGGACUUACGGCUGUCCAAUAAGACACUGGACCAGCUGAAGGUUGGAGUGUUGAACAUCUCCACAGGUGCUGCUGCCAACGACAGAAUCAAAUACUACAACUACACUGCUCAUCGACUGCAGACUCAGUUUCAUGACCGGAGAAACAAGUCGUCUGUGAUGAAGACCCAGAUCGGUGAGCUGGAGGAGGCAACGGACGCUGUAGUUCUGGACAUCAAACAGCUGAGAAAAUCGGAGAGCAUUGUGAAGACUCUGGGGAGCAAACUGGAUAGUGACACACUGGAGACCUUCGCCCUGGCUGAGCAGUUAAGCAGGAACCUCAGUGAUCUCAACAUACGCAUUGAAGAGAUGGUCCAUGACUGGGAGCUGUACAGUGUCUACCGGGAUGUGGAUCCAGAAGUGGUCAGGCGGAACACUGGGGUAGCUCAGGAAAUGGUCACUUGGAUGAGAAAACUGGACCUGUCACCACAAGAGCCCAUUGCCACUGAUGAGUCAACUGAGGCCCAUGAAUUACUGAGGCGCAUCCGUCAGUUGGAGAAGAAAUUAAUGAUGACGGAUGGCCGCCUUCCACCCAUCAGAGAGGCCAUGCUUCGCUUUUACACCAAGCUGUCUGAUGCUAGGGGGUUUCUCCAGAAAGCAGUCAGCACGGUGCAGGAGACUGAGGAAAAGAACAGAAACAGUAUCCUCAAAUUCCAGAGGAACGAGGCAAAACAGCAGAGGCUAACAGAGGACCAAGCUGCUGUCAAUGACACAGUGGAAACAGCCAGAGGCUUCAUCUCUCUAACAGAGAGGACAGUGGCUGAGGUGGAUGCUAUGGUGCAGAAUGUGACUGGGUACCACGCAGCAAUCGAUGGUGCCAGCGAGAAGUUGAUAGAGAAGACGGAGCGUCUCUCGAUGGCUGACAGGGAUUUGGUUCAGAGGGCUGAUGAGCAUGCUGAGGAGCUGGAGAGACAGGCCAUCAAACUGGAGGAGGAUUUGAAAGACAGUGAUGCCAAUGGCUUUGUGCAGAGGGCCAUAAGUGCUGCCAACGUCUACAACAACAUAGUGAAAUACAUUGAUGAUGCCAAUAUCACGUCACUCACCACCCUCAACUUAUCCCAAAGAGCUGAAGAUGCCAUCACUGGGAUCAAUAUGCAACUGGGAUUCUUGAUGACACAGAGCGCCAAUGUUUUCAAGGAAUCUGUAUCGCUACGUUCAGAGCAAAUUGAUAUAGAGUCUGAGGUGGCUGACAAACUGAAUUACACUGUGGAGACUCAAGAGACGAUGGAUAAAAACACCAAAAAACUUGCAGAAAUAGUACAGGACAUAAGUGAAAUUCAGACAGACAGAACACCACAGCGCCUUGCGUUCACCUUGGAAGUGGCUGAAAUGACUCUGAACCGCUCAGCAGAAGUACUUCAGACUAUGACCCCCAUCAGCAGCAAGGUGGAAGAGUGGGACAAGAACAUGAAAAACAAUGAAUACUCCUCAGAUGCUUAUGAACAGGCUGUUGACUCAGCAAAGGAAGCAGUGGAUAAUCUGAGUGAGCUUGUUCCUGAACUGCUGGACAAGCUGAAGGUGGUUGAAGAGAAGAAACCUGUCAACAAUGUGACCACCAACAUCAUGAGAAUCCGAGAACUCAUUGCCCAAGCCAGGAGUGUGGCCAAGAAAGUCCAGGUGUCUAUGAAGUUCAACGGACAAUCCUCUGUGGAGGUCCACCCUCACAGCAACCUAGAAGACCUAAAGACAGUGACAUCCAUCAGCUUGUUCAUGCGUGUGGACCCCGACAAGGAUCCCAUAGAGGACCGUUUCAUCUUGUACUUGGGAGACAGAAAUGGGAAAAAAGACUACAUGGGGCUGGCCAUCAAGAAUGACAACCUAGUGUUUGUGUACAACCUAGGGGAUGAAGAUGUUGAGAUCCCACUGAGUUCAAAGCCUGUCAGUCAAUGGCCUGCAGUCUUCAACAACAUCAGAGUAGAGAGGCUUGGCAGACAUGGAAAAGUCUUCCUGACCAUUCCCAGUCAGAGCUCCACAGAUGAGCAGAAGUUCAUCCAAAAAGGCGAAGCUCCUGGCUCUGACUCGCUGUUUGACAUCAACCCCAAUGACAUAGUGUUCUAUGUUGGUGGUGUCCCACCAGAUGUCAAGCUACCACCUCCUCUGAGUCUUGCUCCUUUUGUGGGCUGCAUCGAGUUGGCCUCGCUGAACAAUGAUGUGAUCAGUCUCUAUAAUUUCAAAAAGACUCACAAAAUAGAUGUUGCAACGUCACCACCAUGCCCCAGAUAUAAAUUGGCAUUCUCCCAGAGCCGUAUUGCCAGCUACCUGUUUGAUGGAAUGGGCUACGCACUCAUCAACAAUAUUGAAAGGAGGGGGAAGUUUGGUGUUGUCACAAGAUUUGAUAUCGCAGUGCGAACCGUCUCAAACAAUGGUGUCCUUUUUCUCAUGGUCAAUGGAGAUAAAUUCUUCCUUUUAGAGUUAAAGAAUGGCUUCCUACGCCUAAUGUAUGACUUUGGCUUCAGCAAUGGGCCCAAACUUUUAGACAGUGACUUGCAGAAGCUGCAGAUAAAUGAUGCAAGAUACCACGAGGUGUCAGUGAUCUACCAUCAGUCGAAGAAGGUUAUACUACUGGUGGACAAGAGCCAUGUGAAAUCCAUGGAGAAUCCAAAAACCACACUGCCCUUCUCAGAUAUAUACAUCGGUGGGGCCCCAUCCAGCGUCCUCAAAUCCAGGAUGGAGCUGUCCUCUGUAGUUGGCCUGAAGGGUUGCGUGAAAGGAUUCCAGUUCCAGAAAAAAGACUUCAACCUACUGGAGGAGCCUGGUACCAUUGGCAUCAGCAGUGGCUGCCCCGAGGAGUCCUUUAUGUCUCGUAAAGCCUAUUUCAAUGGAGAAAGCUACUUGGGAUCCACAGCGAAGAUUUCACCCUUUGACAAAUUCGAGGGGGGACUCAAUUUCAGAACGUUGCUUCCCAGCGGACUCCUGUUCUACGUCAGUGAAGGGUCUGACGAGUUCAGCAUCUCUCUGGAGAACGGAGCGGUGGUGCUGAACAACAGAGGCACAAAGGUCAAAUCUCACAAGAAACAGUACAAUGAUGGAAAGACGCACUUCUUAAUGGCCUCAGUGAACACUCAGAAGUAUUCACUUUUGGUGGAUGACAAAGACAAGCAGGAGAAGAAGCGUCCAUCAUCAGCUGCCACAAGAUUGUCAUCAGAUUCCAGUGGAAAGAGCAUCUACUAUGGAGGAUCUCCAAGCAGCAGCUUUAAGAACUUCACAGGCUGCAUAAGCUACGCCUACAUCAACAGGCAAGACCGGGACAUUGAGGCUGAAGAUUUCCAGAGGUACCCCAUGAAGGUACAGGCUUCUUUACAGGACUGUCCAGUGCAGCCCCCCCCUGCUGCGCUGCUGUCAAGGCACAAGGAUAAAACUUCUAGAGCCAAACGGAAUCAAUCGCAGAAGGUCACCUGGGAUGAACAGGUGCCAUCUGAGCCCUGUUACCUUUCUUCAAGUCCCAGAGCAACCCGUCAAGCCUUCCAAUUUGGUGGUGUCUCCAACAGCAGGCAGCACUAUGUAGACCUCCCCAGCUCCAUUUCUGAGAGGUCGCACUUCUCCUUAUCCCUGAGGACCCACUCAUCUUCUGGCCUCAUCUUUUAUAUAUCUGAUGUGAAAGAGGAAAACUUUAUGGCUCUCUUCCUAGCGAAUGGGAAACUUGUAUACACUUUCAACGUGGCAGAUAAAAGAGUUAAAAUCAGGAGUGACGAACGUUACAAUGAUGACGCAUGGCACAAUGUUAUUUUUAUCCGCAAUGGGAACAUGGGCCGAUUAAUAAUGGAUGGGCACACAGUGUUGGAAGACAGAGCUCAGGGAAACAACAUCUCUUGGCAUGUCAGCAGCCCCAUCUAUGUUGGAGGAGUUCCCCCAGGGAGAGCCCAAACGAAUAUUCAGAGAAACUCUGCAUAUAGCUUUACUGGAUGUCUAAAGAACCUUCAGCUUGAUGGACAGGGGUUGGCCUCCGCAGAAGAGACAUUUGGGGUCACUCCGUGCUUUGAAGGACCCUCUGAGACUGGAACAUACUUCUCAGAGGAAGGAGGAUAUGUCGUCCUGGAUGAAUCAUUUAACAUUGGACUGAGGUUUGAGCUUGUGGUGGAGAUACGCCCUCGUGUGGCAUCUGGGGUGUUACUGCAUGCCCGCACAGAAGAGGACUAUUUCACUAUGUACAUUCAUCAAGGAGCAGUGGUGGUUGUAGUAAAUGAUGGGACUCAUGAGUUCUUCACAAAGGUGUCACCUAAGCAAGGCGUGUGUUCUGGCACUUGGCACAGGAUUACAGUGAUCCGAGAUGCCAAUGUUGUCCAACUUGACGUGGACUCUGAGAUCAACCACAUUGUUGGACCUCUUAACCCCAGCUCCAGAGAUAACAAGAUGGCAGUAUUCAUUGGUGGAGCUCCAGAGAGUAUCAGCACCAGGAAGCCCUAUGUGGGCUGCAUGAGAAACCUGACCAUAAACAACAGCCGUGCAAACUUCAGCAAAGCUGUUCUGGUCAAUGGAGCUGUCCGCGUUGGAACCUGUCCAGCAGCAUAACACAUCUGUCAUCACUGCCCCCCAUAUAGCACUGACCAAACACAUUUUAGAUUCUAACAUUCUGUUAAACAUACCCACUAGGAGUAUCAACAUUCUUUUCCCUAUUUGUUAAACGUGUGUACUUGUCUGUUUUGUUGUUUGUUUAGUUUUUUUGUCCCACACCGAGAAUAUGACCAAACAUCCAAAUUAAAAUAACCAGACAGGAAAUACGUGUAAUAAGAAAAUGGCAACAAAUUCCAGCAGAGGGAUUACCCUUACAGUCCAUAUUAUGAAACACUCAAACUGAAAAUAAUUCAAUCUAUAGCACAGUAUGUUCCAUUACUACACUUUAUUAUCACAAUGGCACAUUUUUUGAACAAUUUCGUGUUGAAUUUUCGUUUUUGUACUAUUUUACUUCUGAUAAUAAAGAAUAUUUUACAUCCAAAUAAA